AGAGGCCCCUCCUUCUCGCCCCGCUCCUCUCCCUCGCUCGCGGCCGAGCGGGCUCCCGACCCUCCGCUGGCCAUGGCCGGCAACGUGAAGAAGGGCUCGGGCGCGGGCGGCGGCGGCUCUGGGGGCUCGGGCGCGGGCGGCCUGAUCGGGCUCAUGAAGGACGCCUUUCAGCCGCACCACCACCACCACCACCACCUCAGCCCGCACCCUCCCGGCACGGUGGACAAGAAGAUGGUGGAGAAGUGCUGGAAGCUCAUGGACAAGGUGGUGCGGUUGUGUCAAAACCCAAAGCUGGCCCUCAAAAACAGCCCGCCUUAUAUCUUAGACCUGCUGCCUGACACCUACCAGCACCUUCGCACUGUCUUGUCAAGAUAUGAGGGGAAGAUGGAGACACUUGGAGAAAACGAGUAUUUCAGGGUAUUCAUGGAGAAUUUGAUGAAGAAAACUAAGCAGACUAUAAGUCUUUUCAAGGAGGGGAAAGAAAGAAUGUAUGAGGAGAAUUCUCAGCCUAGGCGAAACCUAACCAAACUAUCCCUGAUCUUCAGCCACAUGCUGGCAGAACUGAAAGGCAUCUUUCCAAGUGGACUCUUUCAAGGAGACACUUUUCGGAUUACUAAAGCAGAUGCUGCAGAGUUUUGGAGAAAAGCUUUUGGAGAAAAGACAAUAGUCCCUUGGAAGAGCUUUCGACAGGCCCUUCAUGAAGUGCAUCCCAUCAGUUCUGGGCUGGAGGCCAUGGCUCUGAAGUCCACUAUUGAUCUGACCUGCAAUGAUUAUAUUUCUGUUUUUGAAUUUGAUAUCUUUACACGACUGUUUCAGCCCUGGUCUUCCUUGCUCAGAAAUUGGAAUAGCCUUGCUGUAACUCACCCUGGUUACAUGGCUUUCCUGACAUAUGAUGAAGUGAAAGCACGGCUUCAGAAGUUCAUUCACAAACCUGGCAGUUACAUCUUCCGGCUGAGCUGUACUCGUUUGGGUCAGUGGGCUAUUGGGUACGUUACUGCAGAUGGGAACAUUCUGCAGACAAUCCCACACAAUAAACCACUCUUCCAAGCACUGAUUGAUGGCUUCAGGGAAGGCUUCUAUUUGUUUCCUGAUGGACGAAAUCAAAAUCCUGACCUGACAGGUUUAUGUGAACCAACUCCGCAAGAUCAUAUCAAAGUAACCCAAGAACAAUAUGAAUUAUACUGUGAGAUGGGCUCCACAUUUCAGCUAUGUAAAAUAUGUGCUGAGAAUGAUAAGGAUGUGAAGAUUGAGCCCUGCGGACACCUCAUGUGCACAUCCUGCCUUACAUCCUGGCAGGAAUCAGAAGGUCAGGGCUGUCCUUUUUGUCGAUGUGAGAUAAAAGGUACUGAGCCCAUUGUGGUGGAUCCAUUUGACCCCAGAGGCAGUGGCAGUCUACUAAGGCAAGGAGCAGAAGGAGCUCCUUCCCCAAAUUACGACGACGAUGAUGAUGAAAGAGCUGAUGACUCUCUCUUCAUGAUGAAGGAGUUGGCAGGUGCCAAAGUGGAAAGGCCUUCUUCUCCAUUCUCUAUGGCCCCACAAGCUUCCCUUCCUCCAGUUCCGCCAAGACUUGACCUUCUACAACAGCGAGCACCUGUUCCUGCCAGCACUUCAGUUCUGGGGACUGCUUCCAAGGCUGCUCCUAGCUCCCUUCAUAAGGACAAACCAUUGCCAAUACCUCCCACGCUUCGAGAUCUUCCACCACCACCCCCACCAGACCGGCCUUACUCUGUUGGAGCAGAAGCAAGGCCUCAGAGACGCCCCCUGCCAUGUACACCAGGCGACUGUCCAUCUAGAGACAAGCUGCCCCCUGUCCCCUCUAGCCGCCCAGGGGACUCAUGGUUGUCUCGGCCAAUCCCAAAAGUACCAGUAGCUACUCCAAACCCCAGUGAUCCUUGGAAUGGAAGAGAAUUGACCAAUCGACACUCACUUCCAUUUUCAUUGCCCUCACAAAUGGAACCCAGGGUAGAUGUUCCUAGGCUUGGAAGCACAUUUAGUCUGGAUACCUCCAUGAAUAUAAAUAGCAGCCCAAUAGCAGGUUCAGAAGGUGAGCACCCAAAAAUCAAGCUUUCCUCGUCUGCCAAUGCCAUUUACUCUCUGGCUGCCAGGCCUCUUCCUGUGCCAAAACUGCCAGCUGGGGAACAAGGGGAAAGUGAAGAAGACACAGAGUAUAUGACUCCCACAUCUAGGCCUGUUGGGGUUCAGAAGCCAGAGCCCAAAUGGCCGUUAGAGGCAGCUCCGAGUUCACGAGCGUGUGACUGUGACCAGCAGAUUGACAGCUGCACAUAUGAAGCAAUGUAUAACAUUCAGUCCCAGGCACUAUCUGUGACAGAAAACAGCACCUUUGGGGAAGGGAAUCUGGCUACAAUCCAUACCAGUACUGGCCCUGAGGAACCAGAAAAUGAGGAUGAUGGGUAUGACGUGCCUAAGCCACCUGUGCCAGCUGUACUGGCCCGCCGGACCCUGUCUGACAUCUCCAAUGCUAGCUCCUCCUUUGGCUGGUUGUCUCUGGAUGGUGAUCCCACAAACUUCAAUGAAGGUUCCCAAGUUCCCGAGAGGCCCCCCAAACCAUUCCCUCGGAGAAUCAACUCUGAACGAAAAGCAAGUAGCUAUCAACAAGGUGCAGGUGCCACUGCUAACCCUGUUGCCACUGCAACCUCGCCACAGCUCUCCAGUGAGAUCGAGCGCCUCAUGAGUCAGGGCUACUCCUACCAGGACAUUCAGAAAGCUUUGCUCAUUGCCCACAACAACAUUGAGAUGGCCAAAAACAUCCUCCGGGAAUUUGUUUCUAUUUCUUCUCCUGCCCAUGUAGCCACCUAGCGCAUCUCUCCCUGCCAUGGCUUCAGAGGACCCAUGAGCCGGGCUCUUACUCAAGGAACACCUAGGAAAGCAGUGGCUUCUUUUGGGACGUCACAGUGAGGUCCUGCCUUUUAUGUGGGUAUCGACACAUGGUUCCAAGAUUUCAAAGCAGUGAAAUGAAAAUGGAGCAGCUAGUGUGUUUCAUUGUUGUAUUAGUCUUCAGAGUGUUUUUAUAGUCCUUCAGUCCCCAUUAGGAGAGAAUGAAUUUUUAUACAAUGGUAACUUACCCCGGGAACAGUGCAGAAAGCAGUAGAAGUGCUGUGCUGUGGCCCUAGUUAAGGACUUAAGAUUUUCCUGUUAAGGGUCUGUGUGUCUGUGUGUCUGUGUGUCCUGUCAUUGUAAGAUUAUUAUCCUGCUGUGUGUGAAUCCAAGCAGGGAGUUAGCACAAGAGCUUCAGGAAGGAAUCUCUGAAGACUCCCAUCUACUGUGGUAUUGCACCUAGCCCUGCUGGAUAUUACAACCUCAACCCUCCCCUUUGGCUUAGAUUAUCAUAUGCUUAGCUGCAUUUUAUACUGUUAGAAUACCCACUGUCCUUUCACCUGGAAACUCCUUACUCCACUUCCUCCUCAGUGAUGUUCUGUACACUUGCUGUGACCAGUCUCACUGAAGCCAAGCAGCUUAUAGGAUGUUUUUCCUUCCUCAUGUGUGAUGGUGUUGGUUGGUUUGGUAGAAUAGGUGGGAAGGAAAAUGCUAUUCUGUGGUUACUGUUAACACUGGUCACUCCAAAGUGCUGUUUCUAUAGGAAUGUUGAAUUUGUUUUUUUUUUUUUAAAAGAUGUUUGAAUUCCCUUAAUUAUCUAAUGACUGGUUUGAGAUAGAGGCCUUCAUAUACAUUCCGUGUCCUCCCCAGGAAAGUCUGUGGGAGUCUAUUGCCUUGAUGCCAGAUAUGUUUUUCUGAUGUAGAUCAUGAGUCUUUCUACCUAACAGGAGCAGAACAUUUGUUUCCAGGAUGGUUUUCCAGCCCAGAUACCAUGGAGCUUUAGGAAGCUUCAGUCACAUGCUAUUUAGAUUUACAAAAUGAAUAGUAAGGACCUAUCUGCUCAGUCUCUCUUGCCAGUGCUUAAUUUCAGUUUAGGGAUUUUUUUUCCCUUGAGCAGGAGCCAGGUUAACCUUUCAGAAAUUAUCUCUUUCUCUACCCUCUAAGGAGUAGUGUAUACCCCAGUGACAGUACAGCAUUUGCUGAUGACUAACGCCUUUCUUGCACUGGUGCAGCCAGUGACUUGGGUCUCAUGUGCUUAGCGCUUCGGGAAUGGUUUCUCUUUCUCUUUCCUUGCCUUUUUAUUGGUUCCUAGAUAUAAUCACUGCAUUAUACAUAGUAUUUAGACAUCAUUCAUUGAAAUCCUUUAGUCAAAGACAAUUUGGGUCAAUGUAGCAGUUUUGUAUAUGUACAGGUUCUAGAUCAAGAAGAUCUAGAGUCAGUUUGGAGACCUGUUUCUCAGUCCCUGUAUAGUGACCCCUUGGGUUCAGUUAGUUCUUUGACUAGAGUCUUGCUGAGUUCUCUGGCAGCAUUGCUGUUUGUCCUGUCGCAUGCAAACUGGCUUUCCCAUGAAUCUACUCUGCUUUUUUAAAAUUCAGGCAGAAAUGACCCACCAAGAAUCUGCUUUCUUUCCAGUUUUAACAUCUUUGCAACUAAAAUCUUUUGAAGUCUUCUUUUAGUUUCUAAAUGCUUCAAGUUCUGGGUUUUAUCCUCUUGCCUCAGAACUGUUUCUGUUCCCAAAGCAGACACUACAGUACUUUAUAUUGACUCUCCUUGGUUACACAGUGUCUUCUUUACAUAGCAGCGAGUAGAAAAAAAUAGCUUAUCAUUCACCUCAAGAAGCUUGUGACACCCAUUUUGUGUUUAUUUGAAUAUUGAAAGCCUAAGCCAAGCUUGGUGGCAUGUGCCUGUAAUCUCAGCAAUUGGGAGAUGGUGGCAAGAUGAUCUGAAGUUCAGUGCCAGCUCAAAGCUACUCAGAACCUGUGUCAAAACAACAGGGGUUGAAGCGAUGGCUACCUCUUCAGUUAAGAGCAGCUGUUCCUGCAGAAGACCCAUCUCUGGUUCCUGGCACCCACCUGCAGGUUUAAGAUGUAUAGCAGCUCACAACGAUCUGUAACUCCAGUUCCAGAGGUAUCUGAUGCCCUCUUCUGACCUCUGUGGGCACCAGGCACACACAUGAUAUGCAUACAUAUGCAGGCAGAACAUUUCAUACAUAUGAAAUAAAUAAAUGUAAAAAAUGAAAAAAAUAAAAAACAAAAAAUCCUUGACGAAGAACUAGUGAAAGGGCUACAGGCCCCAGUCUGUCCAUAUUGGAGUGUUUCUUUCCUUGUAGAUAUUAUCCACAAUCUAAGGUCAGUCAAGAAAACAAAGCAUUGGCUACAUAAGUUUGCCUUUUUUGUGUAUCCAAGUCUUCUGUGGAGGGCUAAGGAUAUAGCUCAGUUGGUAGCGUGCUUGUUUAGCAUUCACAAAGCCAUGGUUCAGUCCCCACACUGCACAGAACGGGGCUGAGGCACACUUCUGGUCCCUAGCACUCAGGGUGUGGAGGUAGAGUGUUAGAAACUCAGGCCAUUAUUACCUACAUAGCAGCUUUGAAGCUAGCCUGGGCUACAUGGAACUCUGCCUUCAAAAGAAAACAAAAGCCAAAUCUGCAGAGAUUACUGUCCAUACUACCUAUGGAAAUGACAGUUUUGUCUUGCCCUCUGCUGAGCACCCAUGUGAGCUCUGAAACGGGCAUGGGUAAGCGUAGGUAGUUCAGUCCCUAUGCUGGACAGGCACAUUUUUGAUUGACUUGGGUAUUGGUUUAUCAUAUGUAUAUCUACAAUUAUUAAGGUUUAAGACCAUUGUGUAUAGGCCUUUCCUUUGCUUCCAGGAUAUGCUGGGGGCCUGUGCUUGAUAAUUAGGUAGCCUUAGGGAGCUUCAUGCCAGUCAUUUUGAAGAUAGUCUCCAAAUUUGAAUUUCUUUUUGUUUGAAGGCACCAAUAACUUAUUUGCCAUUUUCCACUUGUAUGGCAAAUUUUAAUUCCUUGGCUUUUCGUCUGAGUUUACCUAAAGUUGCCCUUUCAUAAACAGGCUUUAUUUUGAGUUUUGCUAUUUUUGGCAAGCCCAUCCUUUUUCCCUGCUCUGUGUUGCAAUUAGGAAAAUCACUUUAACAUCUUCCUUUUUCUCAACCUCAUUAGGCUAUUUUAUUCAACACAGGCCUUGCUCUCUCUGUGUCUUCGUGGAUUGCUUUACAUGCCAUCUCAUUGAUGGGUCACUAUCUUCCCAGGGUGCCAGGCAAGACUUUUCUAGUCCAGUCCUAGACCUGGACUCUUUUAGCUGCCCCCUCCAUUGUCCUUGUAAAAUGAAAAGUUCCUAAAACAGUUUUAAAAACCUGUGGGUUCUGAAGUAUUCCUCCUUCUAGUUAACAGACUGGACAGGUCAUCAUCUCAGCUUUUGCAUGUUAAUAUUUAUUUAAGCAGCAAAUUGACCCUGUCAGGCUGUUCUUAUCCCCCUCUUCCUCCUCCCAGCCCCACCUUGCAGACUCUGCCAUUUUGUCUUUCUAUUUCAAUUCUCAGACAUAACUCUCACUGUACCACGGUGUGAUAGUAGUACUGGCAUCGUUCAGCUGUGUUGUGGGUUUGUUUGUUUGUCUGUUUGUUUCCCCAAUUGUCUGGGAUGGAUAGGAGUCACUAUUCUAUUUCCUCUGUAGGAAAGUAAAAUGUGUUUUAUGGUCCAAGUAGCAAACUUACAAGUUAAUUUUUGUAACACAACUUACUUGCAGGCCAAACCAGGGACAAGCUGUGUAUUCCUUCUGUGGCCCCAUUAACAGGAUAUCUUUCUGUGAUGAUCAGCAAUGGUGGUAUCACAGAGUGUUCUCCUACCUCACAUCAUGAGAAGCAGAAGGCCACUGGCCUUCUCAGGCCUUCCUUCUGUUGGCCUUUCUGACUCUGGAAUGAUCACUCCACUGAAUAGAGUAUUCUAUCCAUUGUCCUGGCUACAAGCACUUGAUCAUUUCUGCAAACAUUUGAGUGAUUACUCUGUGUCAGAAGUGUUGGCUGUAUGUGCUUCCCGGCCACCUUGUGGUGGUUUACUGCUGUUGAGAAUUUAAGCAGGGCCGUCCUUAACUCUUUUUGCAUUUGACUGUGUACAAGUUUAUUCACAGCUCUUUUAUGUAGACUUACCUUUCCUUACAGAGUUCUGUACCCAAGACAUUCCCAUUAACCCCUGUUGGCUUCUUGUAGCUUUGAUAAUAUUUGGGAGAUUCUGUUGUGUAUACCUCAUUGCUACAGAUUUUAGUAGCAUCUCUUCAGUGAGUGGAGGGCUCACUGACUGAGAGUUGCACAGUAGAGCACUAAAUGUUUAAGCAAAGCUUUUGCUGCAGUCCAUUCUAGUGCCUUCUUUAUCUUUUUACUGAGCUGCUUCUUUCCUCAGUCCUCCUAGUUGGAAAGGUUUUGUUUUUUUCCCCUUCUGGGACUGUUACCACCUCCCAUACAAUUUGGAGUUUCUUUUUCUAUUCUCCAGUAAUCUUUGUGUGUGUAUGUCCCCACCCAUCACACUUCAACAGUCUUUGUAGCUAAUUCUGUCUUAGAAAGGGCAAAAGGAUUGGAUGGAAAGGGUGCUCUUGUAGGAGCCGGUCAGGAGCUGAGACUGGACUCUGUCCACUAAGCCUUCCCAGAGCAGGCAGCUUAUUAGCGGUACCAGAACCUCCCUGUCAUCUGGCACUUGAAACUUCAAAAUUCAACAAAAGCACUCUAGCACUACACAAAGCAUCUGGAUGCAACUUUGAUCUCAGUCCACACACAUGGGUAGUUCUCUCUCUCUCUCUCUCUCUGUCUCUCUCUCUCUCUCUGCAGGGUUUCCCUGUGUAACAGAGCCUUGGCUGUCCAGGACUUGCUUGGUAGAACAGGCUGACCUUGAACUCACAGAGAUCCACCUGCCUCUGCCUCCGGAGUGCUCAAAUUAAAGGUGUGUGGCAUCGAGACCAGCUUGGGUAGUCCUUUUGUUGGAAUGCACAAAGUCAUUUAAUGCAUGGAAGACUUGGUUCUUGUAUAUUAGUGGGCUAGAAAACUUUAGGCUUAGUUCCUUCUCCUCCUGCUUGACAGCAUAUUGGUAUACAUGACUCAAAAAUAGGUAUCCAAGUCCUUGAGUUCAUAUGAUCUUCGAGUACAGUUCUUUAGAAGAACUCAAUAAUUCCUGGAAAGAACAGGAGAAAGUUAAAACCUGUAUACUGAUUCCAUGGCCAGACUGGACAUUCUGAGGGGGUCUGUGCUGGGCCUAUAUCUCCUGAGACCAUCUGUGCACCAAGCUGGACAUCAUGUAGGAAGCCUGUCUUUUCACCUCUUGGGAGGUGGAAGUAGGAGAAUAAGGAGUUUCAGGCCAGUCUUGGUACGCUGCGAACUGAAGACCAGACUGGACUCUAUGAGUCUCUUGCCUGUUCAUGGAGAAUAUUUUCUCUUCUUUAUUUCUAGCAACAGGGAAAGCAGCAAUAUUGCUUGGUGCAUGGGUGGAGGCGCUCUCUUCAAGUGCAAAUUACUGAUAGAGUAGUUUCACUGAAACUACUUUUGGCUCUUCCACUGUAGUUCCCUAUAAGUCUGAUAGUUUGAAGGUACAGUCUUUUAUGGUGGGAAAGUCGUGGAGGCAAGAACAUGAGGUAACUGGCCACAUUGUACCUACAGUCAAGGAGCAGAGACAGUAAUGCUUAGGUUGUAUUUUUUUUUUUUUUCCUAAAUUAAAACUGUUGUCUAAUCAUGUCUAGAAGGGCUUCAGCGUUGACUUGCCCUUGUAUUGCUGGCAUUUCUUUUCUCAUGGCUUCUGUGUCCUCCUCUGUUGCUCUAAAGGCAUCCUGUAUGCCCUCUUUGUCAGCUCUGCUCAUCCCUCUUCCCUUCUUUGGUGGUCUGUUCAUGCCCUCUCAACCUCAGAGCCAGUGAGUCUUGAUAAACUUUCCUUGUUUGACUUGUCCUUGAAUGUACCAUCAAGUUUCCUCUUGUGAGAGUUUGCAACCUUGCACAGGUUUGGGUAAUGAACUAGUCCAAUACGCUCAUGACCUUCAAGCUUAAGAGCCUUUGCAUAAGGGAACAGAGCUUCUCCAUGCCUCGUCUUGAGUUCUGCUUCUCCUUGGUAGAAUACCUUUAUUUCUGUGCCAACUCCUGGUAGAAGUGAACCAUGUAGUCCUUCAUUGAUAAGCUUGAAGUGGUUAGGUAGAUUGUCAUCUCUGCGUUUGCAGCAACAAGACGAAGGUGGCCUAUGAAGGCUUGGCAGUCUCGCUGGCACCCUCCUCUAUGUCAGAAAUCACCUUUUGAAGGAGAGUGUCCAAGUCAUUUAUGGCUAACCAAACUGCUGCACCUUUGAGAUCAAUGGUUGUAUCAAGUUCAAUGCUUGGUAGAGUUGAGCCUUGGAAGACAGUGACAUACAUGGCAUUGAACUUUUGGUGACUUGAGUUGCUGCCUGUUGGGACUUGCAAACUGAAUGAUACAUAAAUCCAAGUUUUGACAAUUGUGUUCAUAAGAGUUGCUGUCUCUCUGACUUCUUCGUUUACCCAAGGCAUGCGCUUGCCGUCUUGGUUAGCCUCUCCAGCCCUGUCUCCAUGAAUGAGAGGGAGAAAGACCUUCUUUCCAGUGACAUACAAAUCUGGAAAGACAGCAAGAAGAUGGCAACAAGGCAGUGAAAUAGCUCCUCCGAGUAUUUUGGAGUUUAUGGCCUCUGGAACACACAGGUUUGUUAUAGCUGCCUUGACACCAAUGUUUGGUGGUGGUAAUGCAAUUCUGUCAUCCUGCGAUAGUGCCAACUUGACUGCGGGGGCAGUUGUGAAUGUCUUGCGAUAGGUGGAGGAGCUGAUCUCCAUGAUCUCCUACCCACUAUUCAUCCUAAGUACCCUUGGACACUUAGUCCUUAGGUUGUGUUCUUAAAGAAUAUACUCAGCAAGAAUAUUGAUUAGAGGGUCCUUCCCCUGCCUGGGCCUUACAGGGAGAACAGAGAAAUUAUGGUGACCUGGGAGCUUCUUAGAAGAGAUAAGCAAAGGGACGUUCAUGUUAGAAGCACAGUUGCUAGCCUGCUAUUUAUCUGGGAGGUUGAGGAGAUCCCUAUUUUUAACCUACUCAGAGCCACUAUCAUCUUUGCUGCUUCAUUUUUUAUUUUUCUUCUUCUUAGGAGUCUUGGCACCCGAGAUUGCUUUCCUCACUCUUGAGGCCACUCUACGCUGUUUUCGGUGGUAUUUCUUAGCCUUCAUUCGACCUCAGUUCUUCUUUAAUAUUACUUAGAGUGCAUAUCAUGGCUUCCACUGUAGCUACUACAUUUAGGCUUGGCUCUCUUCUCGUUUUAGUGCUGAAUACUGUUCAUUCUGUGGUCUCUUGACCUGGCUCCUGCAUCCCAUCUUCCUCUUUGUUUGUCCUCCUGUGAGGGAGCCUGCAGUAAUGCUCUUAGCUUUGCUUUCCUAGGCACCACUGGGACAUUUACCAGAAUACAGAUACUUUCAGUGUCAAAUAGAGCUUGUUCUGUGCACGCCUUAGACAAGCUACCUGUAUCUUCCUGUUUGGUUGCUUUCUCUCUAGUCCUGUAAUAAGUGUGGUGGGUUUUUUGUUUUGUUUUUUAUUUUUUUAUUUUUUUUAAAGAUCUGGGGGAAGUAAAACUAUGCUUCUGCUUGCCUAGAUCUGUGGACUCUCAUAUUAGACCCUGUCCUGAGUUUUAAGGAAUAUCAUACAUACUAUCCUGCUUUUAACUUCUAAAUAUUCAAGUCAUUUGGUAUACACAGAAGUAACCUACUAAUCCAAAGAUAUUCAUUGAGGCACAUAAGAAGGGCAAAAGCAGGUUGUCAGAUUUUACAUUUGAUGUCUAUGCUAGGUUCCUGAAUGAAGGAGCCGAGAGAUGGUAGUGCCAUGUGCCUUCACAGUGUCCCAGGAAAUCUGGGUUGGUUGCAAGAGAAAAUACCAGUAUUUCUGGGUUCCAGUAAGUAGCACAAGAGUUGAGAUAGAGAAACAGGGACAGGGAGAGCCCUGCACAUUGUUUUGUACCUGAUGUAGAGCACUAUGGGGAAGGGUUAGCUGCUGACCAGCAGCUGCUUGGAGAUCUUACAGCCUCUUCCCAGUUUUAAUGCUUCAGAAAAAUGUGGCUGACCACUCCUUGUGUUGUUCAGAGCCCAGGUUGAGUGCCAGCCUGAGUUCUACUAAUCUGGCAGCUGAACAGGUCAGCAAGAGUUCUAAUCACCUGGCCCUGCAGUCCUGAUUCAGUCCCACAACUGAAUGUGAGAGGCAGACCUCCACAUUGCCUUGACAUUUCCUUCCAUCUACACCAGAAUGGAGGCCAGAGAAGAGGAUUGAUCGAUGAAUGCUGUGUACACUGCCUCACCACAUAGGCCCUGAAGUGGGCCUGUGUUGCUCCUUCUCCCCUACCUCUCACCCAGUAGUGGAGAGGGUGACCAUGUUUUGGCUGUCUUUAAGUGGCAAGAGGAUCCCAGGCCCUGUGCUCUCUCCCCUGCUCUCUGGGCUAGUAAGCCCGCCCUGCAGUAUGAACAAGAGGACGCCUCCUGACCUCCUCCUCAGCACCCAUAAGUGGGAAGUGUGACCUCUGCUGAAACAUGCUGGGCAUGGCAGCUGUGAGGUACCUCCUACAUCUGCUUUCUGGCUGUGGUGACUUGGGAUUUUUAACCUUAUAUAUCUUUUUCCUUUAUUCAAAACAAAACAAUUUUUAGCACACUGAAAAAAAAAAAAAAAAAAAAAGCCAAAUGUUUUGUGCCUUUCUAAGGCAGCGCUGUACCCCAGGCUGCAUCUUAGGACUUAAUAUGGAAAUACCAGAGUCUGAGCUCCUCUGCCUUGAAUAUCUUUAACCCUAGAGUCUUGGGGACAAGAUGUCUGGCUGGAGAGGUGGCACAUAGGUACCUGUGGUCUCCUUCUCGGCCAUGAGGCUUCAUUGGAAAAGAGCAGCAUUGUAUUCUUGCAUCACUUAGUUGGUUCCAGGCAGCAGUUAGUGUUCAGGCGACUACUCUGGAUGUCCCCUUCCCCCUCCCCGAUAACGGUGCCCUGCUGAGCAGAGCUGUAGGGUGGACUCUCCUGGGAAGAGGAGAUGGUUCAUUUGUUGUCUUUUUGUUUUGCUGGAGCUUGAGCCAGCUUCAACCUCCUGCCUCUCCUCAGACUUGGUUUUCCUUUCAUUUGAAGGCUUCAACCGUAAUCCAUUAAGUGACUGGUACCCUGAAGCCUGUCACUCAUACCAUCAAGGUUUCAAACACAAGUUUUCUUACCCUCCCCUUUUCCCUUGUUCUUCCCUGCUUGUGGCUAACAAAGAAUGGGGGAUGGACGCAGUUCUUUUUAAGGUCCUCCUCAUUCAAGAUUUUCAAAUUCUUGAUUUGGGUGGGACAAGAGAGAACUUGUUAUUAUUUUCCCCAGAAUAGAGUCCCAAUUUGUAUAUCAGUGUUAAGAAAACAAAACAUACACUUAAGUGAGAUUCUCGUGGACUAUUUUUAAAAUGUCAUUAAUAUAAAAAGAUUUCUAUUAGCAGUAUUUAAUCACUCCUAUAAAGAGCAGAGGUAAAUACUCCUGCAGAGUAGCGGAGCUUAAGACUCUUUCUCUCAAGUCCAUGUUGUUUUGCCUGUGUACUGAUGUGUGCAGGUCUGUUAUACUAAUUAGAGGUCUGUUAUACUAAUGUUAUUUAUUAAUUUUUUUCAUUUCCAUACAGUUAACUAAAGAGCUUUUUCAAGCACCCAUGUCUGUAAAAAAAAUAUUUUUAAAUAAAUUUUUUUGUUGUUGUA